AUCAGAGCUAGGACUGGUAGGAAACGGCAGCGUGGUUUUUAGAUUGGUCCGUAGGAGUAGAGCAACAUAGUGGCGACCUGGUCAGCGUCUGUCAGUCCACGCUCCCGAUGGCUGUAUCCCGGCCCGCCCGCCUCGCGCAUCGACAUCUGACACAGUGAGAAUUUGCAUCGCUCGUCACUAGUCUGCGACACACGCUAGUUGCAUUGACUGCCCCAGCUCGGGAGAUGUUAUGGAGAAGACUGGCUUCAUCACAAGUGGCAUCAUAUACAAAGCUUCUAGCUGAGUGUGUUUAUUGUCGUUCGACUGCACUGUGGGAUUUCGGGAAGCGGAACUGGCGCUGUUGUGUUCUGACUUGAGACUUGCACUGGAGUGUCAGCUGGUGACGAAACGGCGAAGGAAGUGCCGAGAGAGGUUCUUGUGAGAUCUUGAUCGUAGUUGGCGAGAAACUGGUGUUUAGGGCAAGGUCGCAACGAUGCGACAGUGCAACCUGCAGUCUUGGUUUACUGAAUCUGUUGUUGUGGUUAGUGGUUCCUUCAGCUGGUCAUCUGAGCACGAGAGUGUGUAGGUUGGAUUGAGGAGCUGGAGAGGUGGUCUGAGGUGACGAGGAAUUUCCUAGGCUGAUUAUUCAACAUGGCCGGUGACGCUGCGGAUGAAGACGAGAGGUCACUGGAGUUCACUCCCACAUGGGCUCUGGCUGUCGUUAGCAGCAUGUUCGUCGUCAUCGGCUUCGUCGUCUACUUGCUUAAAACCAAGCGAAAGCCACUGUUUGAAGCACUGCAAAAGAUUAAAGAUGAGCUUAUGCUGGUGGGAUUCAUUUCCUUGACCCUGACCGUCUUGGAAAACCCCGUUUCAAAAAUUUGUAUCCGGUCUGCCUUGUUCAAUAAAUGGACUCCUUGCAAGGUUCCAAUGGACAGCCAUGAUACACAUGAGGGGUCAAAAAAAUUUGUUCAAUGGCCCAAACCGUCAGAUUUCGCGUCCUCCGCAUUAGGACACCAUGGCCACGGGAGAAGGCUCUUGGCCUCCGAAACAAGUGAUAGCUUUCACUGUCCCGCGGACUUCGAGCCAUUCGUCUCUAAACAUAGCCUUCAUCAACUUCAUAUCUUCAUCUUUGUUCUCGCGGGAGUUCAUGUCGUUUACUCACGUCUUACUAUGGCUCUUGCUCUUUCCAAGGUUUACAGCUGGAAAAAAUGGGAAAAGCAAGCUCUGGAGUCAACGUCUCCCGAAGACAUCGCAGCAUUUAUCAAGUACCAUACAUCUAAGCCAUGGAGUAAAUCCAGAUUAAUUGUAUGGGUGGUCUGCUUUUUCCAACAAUUUCACAUUCCUCGCUCUGACUACCUCACGCUCCGCUUAAGCUUCAUCACUACACACAACCUGCCAUACAAGUACAAUUUUCAUAGUUACAUGAUUCGGAGCAUGGAGAAUGAGUUUGAAACUAUUGUGGGAAUAAGUGCUUGGCUGUGGGCGUCUGUUAUUGCUUUCUUGCUUGUCAACGUUGACGGCGUAACACUAUAUUUCUGGGCAUCGUUUGUUCCUGUUGUGGUGGUUCUGGCUAUAGGCAUGAAGCUGCAACACAUCGUUGCAACCCUAGCAUUGGAGACUUCCCCUAAUGGGGCUGUGCCAGGGCAUUUUGUCGGUGCAUUGCUCAAACCUCGUGAUCAAUUAUUUUGGUUUAAUCGACCGAAGCUCCUACUCCAUGUCAUCCACCUGGUUCUCUUUCAAAAUGCUUAUGAGUUGGCAACAUUCGUCUGGCAUGUGACGCAAUUCGGUUUUCACUCCUGUCUUUUGGAGCAGGACAAGUGGUUCGUGUAUGUGCGCCUUGCAAUCGGGUUGAUUGUGCAGCUUGCUUGUAGCUUCAGCACAUUGCCACUGUAUGCUCUUGUGUCUCAGAUGGGCACCCAUUUUAAGAAGGCUGUGGUACCAAUUCGAGUGAACCGAGUCCUCCACGUCUGGCACAAGGACGCCAAAAAAAGACUCAAACUGGGUUCUCAUGGAGUUUCCAGCGACGGAUCCGAAAGGUCCAACACCAGCUCCGGCAGCCGGAGUCGCAGCAAGCUUACUGUUGUGGAAGAACGGAUUCGAAGCAUCCGCGAGGACUCGCUAUCUGGUGGAUCUGGUGGGGACUUAUCCUCACCGAUGUCGGUGAUCAUGGAAGAAGGCUCAUUAAGCCCUGAAGAUAGAACAGCAACCAGUUCACAUUCAUGGAAGAUCGGCGUGGCAUCCUCCUCUCAACCAGCGAUCAGCUCACCACCCUCGACGACGUUCCAGAACGUGUGGGACCGCUGAAUGCAACGGAAGUCGAGCUCGGGAAGACGUAAGUUGGCAAGAGUCGAUGCUAUAGGGCUGCAGAUCGACAACUCCAAAGAGCAACAGCAGGGAGUCCCACCCUCCACUCCUGGCUCCGAGCUCCGGCGUCGAGUGGCUCACAACGAUGCAGUUGCUGCUGCAGAUGUACCGCCUCUGCAAGUCCACACCACCACCCCCCAUACCCAAUUCUCUCCCAGACAACCAUGAGGUGCCAAAUCACUCCAAAUCUGCAGCUGGUCCAUGCUCCAGCACACUCUGCAACUCCCUGAGCCCGGAUCAGUCCAGCCCAUAAACAUAUCCCUGCUUCUUCUGAUCAAUCCACCAGCCACUUACAAGCGAAACUUGAUGAAUAUUACUGAUCAGAUUUCUCGUCAAUUCUCGUGCUUUGAGUUUGGCUCUGGUGCAGUUAGCGGAUCGAUAUCUUGUAGAAAGAUCGGACCCAGUAUAUCAGGUUCUGUUAUCAGAUCUUUGUUGUUACGGCGGCUGUUUCUGUAUGCUUGUGAAGCGGUGAUGCUUCAAUCAGGUCGAGUGAUCUCAUUUGAAACGUGGCAGCUAAGUUGUGAGGUUUUGGUAGUUGAGAAUUCAACUGUGUUGUCGGAGACACAAUUUUUUUUAGCUCUGGUGGCAGUUGAUCGUUUCUCCUGGUGUAUUCUAAUUCCAUCUUGUAACAAAAUUGUGCACAUUCAUUGACUAUUGAAA